AAGAGGACAGAGCCAAUCGUUCCGGUUUCGAUUGAGUCCGACCCAAUCGUUCCGGUUAGGCUUUUAAAACCCUUGCAAAGGGUUUAAAUUAUUAUAUCAUUCCAUCCCAACCCAACCAAGGUCAGAAGUUGCAGAACAACGAACAGAGCAGAGAGCACAAGGAACUGAUUACUGAGGAAGGAAAGACUGUAAUCUCCAACGAACAGAGCAAAGGAAAAGUAACAAGUGAGGUAGAGGAAAAUGCCUUCAAAGACCAAGAAGCAUUCAAAGACAGCAUCAAAACUCUCACAUUCUGACCAGACUGCGUCUCCAUCUCCCUGUAGUUCAUCAUCUGCGAUGCCUGUCCCAGUUUCACAACUUAGUGAAGAGAAUCUCCUUUUUUCUCUUGAGGAAGCUUCAAGCAAAUUCCCUUCUCUGAUCGGCAGAUCAGCUUUUAUUGGCCAUAUCACAGAUAUUGAGGCUGAGUCCAAAGGAUGUAAGAUGUGGCUUUCAGAGUCUUCUAUGGUUGCCUUUUCCCUUGCUCCCGGUUCCAUCGUAUCGGUCUCACUUGCUUCUUCAAGAAAUAAAUUUUCAAGUGACGUCCCUCUCAUUCCAUUAGCAGAUGAAUUUUCAAGACAUUCUGGGCUUGGUUCUGGGGAUAAAAUGGUUGAUCAAGUGGGGAACUACUUUGCUCUAGCUACUGUUUUUCCUUCCUGUAAGGUUCUGAAGGAUGGAGUUCGAUUGUCGUCAAACCUUUCAUGUACAUUGGGUCGUCCUUCUUUAGGCAGGGUCAUGUUUGUAUUUCCUAUUCAAUGUCAACCUGUAAAGGAUCUUGUAAAUGAGAAUGACAAGCUGCAUAGCACAGCAUUUAAUUGCCUCUCAUUAUACAAGUGCAAGGAGUUAUACUUAGAGCUAGUUUCUUCAGAGAGUGGAUUUACAGUGAAGUGUUCUCUGUUGCCUCACAAUGAUUUUCCUGCCGAAGCAGCCCGUGGUCGAGUUGAAAAUGGAAAGGUUUCAUCCCCCAAGACACCAUUGUUCUCUCAGUCAAGACUUAGUUCACCUAAUACUAGUCAACGAUCUUCACCAAGAUGUGAAGAAUCUGUAUCAAAUUCACCCAAUCCAUAUGGGAUGUCAUUGGAUUCAUUUGAUAUAAGAGAAGUAUUAGAGGAUGAAAGCGCAAAGAAACUUAUACAGACCUGCGCUACUUCAUGGUUAUUCUCGCGUACUCUACUCUUUGGAAAUAUUGUAACCAUCCCAAUACUUUCGAAGCUCUGCAUUUUGCAGGUUGUAGCUGCUAAUGCAGUUUCAGCAAAUAGUACUAAUCAGGAUCUGACAGAUGAAAGUAAACUUGAUAUGUUCUUUCGAGCUCCUGAUAUAAUAGAUCAUGUGAAUGAUGCUUUUUUUAUAGACCAUGCGACAAAAGUGUAUAUAUGCUCACCGCCGCAUUCAGCAUUGGCAACUCCACAUAAGAAAGAUUCACAAUGUGUGGAGCUUGAAUGCAAGGAUAUCAAAGCUAACAUGGACCUUUUAAAAUUGGGUGGUUUAUCUAAAGAAUAUGCAAUUUUGAAGGAUAUAAUUUCCUCAUCAGGGAAGUGCACUCUAUCAAGGUUCGGUUUACGGCCUACAAAGGGAGUGCUUAUUCAUGGUCCACCUGGCACUGGAAAGACUUCUUUGGCUCGACAAUGUGCCCAUGAUGCUGGCAUCAACCUAUUCUCUGUGAAUGGACCUGAAAUUGUUAGUCAAUAUUAUGGAGAAAGUGAGCAAGCAUUGCAUGAGGUCUUCAAUUCAGCAAGCCGUGCUGCACCUGCCGUGGUGUUCAUUGAUGAGUUGGAUGCUAUUGCGCCUGCACGGAAGGAUGGAAGUGAAGAGUUGUCCCAGAGAAUGGUUGCAACGCUGUUAAAUUUAAUGGAUGGUAUUAGUGGAACUGAUGGGCUAUUUGUCCUUGCUGCUACCAACAGGCCUGACAGUAUUGAGCCUGCACUCAGACGGCCUGGAAGACUUGACAGGGAAAUUGAAAUAGGUGUACCGUCCCCCAAGCAACGUUGUGAUAUACUGCUUGCCCUUCUUAGUGAAAUGGAACAUUCGCUUUUGGACAUGCAAGUUCAACAUCUUGCUAUGGCUACACAUGGUUUUGUGGGUGCUGAUCUAGCUUCCCUCUGCAAUGAAGCAGCCUUGGUUUGUCUUAGGCGUUACGCUGACCUAAAGACAUGUUCUGAUAUUUCAGACCUCAACGGAAUAUCUAUUGCAGAUGGUGGUUACCCUACUAGUAUGACAAAAGGCUCUGAUUUUCCUAAAUAUGCAAGGGAUCUAUUUUCAAGAGAGAAUUCAGAAUCUUCAUCUUCAUCUAUUUCAGAUUUGCUUAUUUCGUCGGAGGCUCAUAAAGGAGUUAAUACGACUCGAGUAAAUAAGAUGUUUAGAGUGGAAGAACAGUUUUUGAAAGUAACUUUCGGAGACUUUGAAAAGGCUAGAAUGAAAAUAAGGCCGAGUGCCAUGCGAGAGGUAAUACUUGAGGUUCCGAAGGUUAAUUGGGAAGAUGUUGGUGGUCAAAAGGAGGUAAAGACACAGUUAAUGGAAGCUGUAGAAUGGCCUCAAAAGCACCAGGAUGCUUUCAAGCGUAUUGGAACCCGUCCCCCAACAGGGGUUUUGAUGUUUGGUCCACCAGGGUGCAGCAAAACCCUUUUGGCUCGUGCAAUAGCUUCUGAAGCAGGGCUGAAUUUCCUUGCAGUGAAGGGUCCAGAACUUUUCAGCAAAUGGGUUGGUGAAUCCGAAAAGGCCGUGAGGUCUCUCUUUGCUAAGGCAAGGGCAAAUGCCCCAUCAAUUAUAUUUUUUGAUGAGAUUGACGCUCUUGCCAUCAUACGUGGGAAAGAAAGUGAUGGGAUUUCGGUUGCUGAUCGGGUUAUGAGUCAACUUCUUGUUGAAUUGGACGGUUUGCAGCAAAGAGUUAAUGUUACGGUGAUUGCUGCUACAAAUCGGCCAGAUAAGAUUGACCCUGCUCUUCUAAGACCAGGACGCUUUGACCGGCUGUUAUAUGUGGGACCUCCUAGUGAAACAGACCGAGAAGAUAUAUUUCUUGUCCAUUUGCGCAGAAUGCCAUGCCAUUCUGAUGUCUGCAUUAAGGAGCUAGCUCUUCUAACUGAAGGCUACACUGGGGCUGAUAUAUUGCUGAUUUGUCGUGAAGCAGCUGUUGCAGCUAUUGAAGAGAACCUUGAUGCCUCAGAAAUAACAAUGGAACAUCUAAAAAGUGCAAUUAAACAAGUACACCCAUCAGAAAUUCAGUCUUAUCAAGAGUUGUCCACAAAAUUCCAAAGGCUUGUACGCUCUAGUGCAACAAGGGAUGAAGUUGGCUAUCAACCAUACUCAAGCAAAUCAAAUUGGAUUCAUUUCAGGACCUCAAAACGAAGAAGACAAUUGGUGGCGGAAUUAAAAGGAAUGGCCUCUAUUACUUGGAUUGCCAGUUGUCUACUAGUGGUGUGGCUCUCCAUUCACAGGUUUUUGUACGCAAGUGGCAUUAUCGGUUAGGUCAUCCCUCUUUGAGGGCGCUGAUAAAAUUAAUAGCACAAUUUCUUUAUCAGUUCCCAGCAGCAUUUUCACGGUCAAAGUUUUCCUCUAGUAGGUAGCCACAUUUUUGCCAAGAGUUACACCUUAGAUAUUUUGGGUUAGUCCCUUGAAGAUGGAAGAUCAUGUGCUUUGUGCUUUGGAUGUGAUCUAUAAAGGGAUUAUGAGAGUUUGGAGCUCACUGCUCAUCUACCAGCCAGUUGUAUCAUUACAAGCUCCUGUCAAGUAAAAUUAAAUGAACUAAAGUACAGUGAUAACUCAUUUGAAGCCUGGGUUUGUUGAGCUGUUUACAUUCUCUCACUGUUUAUGGUUUAUACUAAAGCUCCAAUCGCAAUGAAACACGAUCAGCCAGGAUGGACACGGUGAUGGAUAGCUUUCAAACUGUAAGUUGUGGGUCUCUCCUGAAUGAUGUUCUUGGAUUCCUUCCAAUUGAAGGUGGAGGCUCCUGCACAAAGGUUAGCUGGCAUAUCUUGUUAAUCUGUGAACGUUGCCCUUGAUCUAUGAAUGGUCAUUUCUACUCUUUUUUUAGGGUGAUUGAGAUGGCUGAUUCACAAGCAUGUGCGUGACUUUUCGAGCUUGCUUUGACAAGUAAUUUAGUAGCAGAGGUGUCUACCCUCCCCAUCCCUUCCUAGUUAGGGAGGCCAAGGGGCUAGGAAAAAGAAAGGUUUCAAAUCCAAGGCUGUGGCCCGUGGGAUGUUCUAACCUUCAUUUUAGACAACUCAAUCUGGCUGGUUAGAGUUAGACUUGGAUUUUGAAUUUUUACAUUUGGAAUUUAUAUAGUGUGUGAACCUGAUUCUUGCGGAUUGUUCAAUCUGAUAGUUUUGAUACAGGCAUAUUCAAAUUUUUACCUUGUGUAUGACUGUAUCAUACAUGACCCAUUCACCCUUUUUGGUUUCUUUUGAUGAGUAUUCAUUAUAUAUAUUUUUUUGUUUUUUUUGUGUAA